AUGGAUCAUGAAGACUUACGGAAGCCUCCGUUUGCCCAGUGCGGAAACCAGAGACGCGCUGCAAAAGGGCAGGUCUUCACUUCCGCCCUGCGUAAAAGGAGCGACGGGUGUAACUACAGCACCUACUACGGCCGGGUUUGGCGCCAAGUCCAGGAGGAGCUAUUUGCCACCUUCUUCCCUGAUCUGCAAGCCAGCUGCCAGACCUUGUCACCUCUCACUAUUGUUUGCACGGAUCCCAAUCAGCGGGAUGAAUGCAAUUACGGUGUCACCUUUGCAUCCUGGCGCACCUGCCAGGAGGGAAUAAUGAAGCAGAUGAGCCUCGUCACAUCCGUUGGCCGUAGCAGCGGGGCGCGUUCCGAGGAAAUUCGGGACUCGAGUUUCCCGGGGAAGAGGCGCGGCCCGAGACGAGCGAGCGCGGGCUGGGCGCGCCCGCUCGUGGCCGGCUCGGGCGGCGCAGUGCCGGGGGACGAGGGCUUGUGCGAGAGGCCGGCGGAGGCGGCCGCGUGGUCGCUUCUCUUCCCGGAGUUGGCCGUCUGCUCCCUGUCGCUGGUCCAGCCGCCCAGCCCGGCGGCGGCCGCACACCUGCAGAUUCUCGUGGAUACCGGAAGCAGCAACUUUGCCGUGGCAGGUGCCCCGCAUUCUUACAUAGACUCGUACUUUGACACGGAGAGGUCCAGUACGUACCGCUCCAAGGGCUUCGAUGUCACGGUGAAGUACACGCAGGGGAGCUGGACCGGCUUCGUGGGGGAGGAUGUGGUCACCAUCCCUAAGGGCUUCAAUAGCUCGUUCCUCGUCAACAUUGCCACUAUCUUCGAGUCCGAGAAUUUCUUUCUGCCCGGCGUCAAAUGGAGCGGGAUCCUGGGGCUCGCGUAUGCUGCGCUGGCCAAGCCGUCAAGUUCCCUGGAGACGUUCUUCGACUCCCUGGUGGCCCAAGCGAGGAUCCCCAACAUCUUCUCGAUGCAGAUGUGCGGGGCAGGCCUGCCCAUCACUGGACCUGGUACCAACGGAGGUAGUCUUGUCCUGGGUGGAAUUGAACCAAGUCUGUACAAAGGAGACAUCUGGUAUACCCCUAUUAAGGAGGAGUGGUAUUAUCAGAUAGAAAUUCUGAAACUGGAAAUUGGAGGCCAGAGCCUUAAUCUGGACUGCAGAGAGUAUAACGCAGACAAGGCCAUUGUGGACAGCGGCACCACCCUCCUGCGCCUGCCUCAGAAAGUGUUUGACGCGGUAGUGGAAGCCGUGGCCCGCACGUCUCUGAUUCCAGAAUUCUCUGAUGGCUUCUGGACCGGGUCCCAGCUGGCCUGCUGGACCAAUUCUGAGACCCCUUGGGCUUACUUCCCCAAGAUCUCCAUCUACCUGCGGGACGAGAACUCCAGCCAGUCCUUCCGCCUAACCAUCCUGCCUCAGCUCUACAUCCAGCCCAUGAUGGGGGCUGGCCUGAAUUAUGAAUGUUACCGAUUCGGCAUCUCGCCGUCCGCGAACGCGCUGGUGAUCGGUGCUACCGUGAUGGAGGGCUUCUACGUGGUCUUCGACAGAGCUCGGAAGAGGGUGGGCUUUGCAGCCAGCCCCUGUGCAGAGAUUGCAGGUGCUCCAGUGUCUGAAAUUUCUGGGCCUUUCUCAACAGACGACAUAGCCAGCAACUGUGUCCCCGCCCUGCCUUUGAAUGAACCCAUCUUGUGGAUUGUCUCCUACACGCUCAUGAGCGUGUGUGGACUCAUCCUUCUUACCCUCAUCGUCCUGCUGCUCCUUCCUUUCCGGUGCCGGCCCCUGCCCCGGGACCCCGAGGUCAACGACGAGUCCUCCCUCGUCCGGCACCGCUGGAAAUGAAGACCGGAGCCCGAACUCGUGAGCGGCCUUGAACUCUGUCAGGAGAACUCCGUUUCAGGUGCAGCAGGCGGGGUCACGCGGCAGGUUCCUUCCUGCGUCCACGCGUCUUAAAUCUGUCCUGCUCCCAGAUGCCUUCCAGAUUCACUGUAUUUUGAUUCUUGAUUUUAAAGCUUCCUUCUUCUCCCUCACUUCCAAGAAAAAUUAUAAUAAAAAACACCUCAUUCUAAACCAACACAGAGUGAUUU